GUAAAAGUCUUCUAGUUACUACCAGAAGAAGUAUGAGAGUUAUCAUGGUGGCUGUGUUGGUGUUGGCGAUUUCUUUGCUCGUGCUUAUGUCUCCCUCCUCCUCUUUUGCCGAUACAGAAGGAGGAGGACGGCGAUUAGGGUAUCCUACGAGAGUGAGCACCACUCCAGGUAAAAAAUUUUAUGAUUCGGACCUAAAGUGUGAUGGAUGUUAUUAUAUGACGUUUGUUGGGAAAUGCAUAGAUGCAGGAUCGGGGUACGAGGCGAAAGUGGGUUCAAACAUUUUGUACUGUGAGCAUCAGUGCCACGGCUGUACUCCUUGUGUCCCGGUGGUCGUCGUCCCCGGUCCACCGUCGUCGAACGUGGCCGCCGGCAGUGGGAAUAAUGAAGAAGGCUAUACGCAGUACGAGCCAGUGGUGUGGAAGUGCGAAUGUAGACCGACGGAUGAUGGCGGGAUGGCUUGAUUUGGAGUACCGGUCUCUAGCUGGCGACUCUAGCUAACCAAUAUGUUGUUAUCUUUUGAUGUUUACCUUUCGGAAAUAACACGAAUUUGGCUUCUACUAUUGAAGUUCUUAAGUGUUUCGUGGGAUUAUGUUAUCGUUUCAAUGGAAGACUCAUCUCUUGUGAAGAUUGCCAAUGCAAUAACGAUAAAC